AUGGACGGUGGGGUUCUCCCUGACAGCAUCCUUUUUGAGAUAUUCCUGUACUUGGACUACUCAGACGUCCUCUCAGCGGGGCUCGUGUGCCGGCAGUGGCAUGCCGUGGCGCUGGACGAAGUGCUCUGGAAGGACCUUUUCUACAGAUACUAUCCAGUAGCCCGGGACGUCCCACGACACCCAGGUAUGUCCUCCCUUGCAGAGCAGGCAGCCUCAAAACUGGAAAAGAGUAAUUGCUGUGCCCCUAAUCUGUUGCCCCGUACUGGGGUCAGCUCGGUUUGGAGGUGAGGCUUAUAGCUGAGGAAUGAGGAAAAUUGGAAACAGACUGGAGAGUGAAUCUCGCACUCAAGGCAGAGAGAGGAAGCAAGGAAUAACACUUGUAGAUCUUCAGCUGGGAUAGCUCAGCCUGUAGAGCAGGCAACUCUUUAUCUCAGGGUUGUGGGUUUGAGCCCCACGUUGGGCAAAAUAUUCCUGCAUUGCAGGGGGUUGGACUGGAUGACCCUCAGGGUGCCUUCCAACUCUACCAUUCUGUGAUAAUGACAGCAGAAAGAGAGGCCAGCUAGGAUAAUGCAGGAUAGUAGAAAUGCUGCCUGAGUCUAGGUCUCUGGCUAUUUAUUGAUUUCAUUUAUUUGUUUAGAGCAGGGGUCAGCAACCUUUUUCAGCCGUGGGCUGGUCCACCAUCCCGCAGACCAUGUGGUGGGCCGGACUAUUAUUUUGAAGGGGGGAAAUGAACAAAUUCCUAUGCCCUACAAACAACUCAGAGAUGCAUUUCAAAUAAAAGCACACAUGUAAAAACACCAGGCAGGCCCCACAAAUAACCCAGAGAUGCAUUUUAAAUAAAAGGACACAUUCUACUCAUCUAAAAACACGCUGAUUCCUGGACCGUCCACGGUCCGGAUUGAGAAGGCGCAUCCAGCCCACGGGCCUUAGGUUGCCUAUCCUUGGUUUAGAGCAUGUGUGCUAGGCACUCCUGCUGAAAAGGCUCCUAGAGCAGCAUAUUUACAAGCAAAACAAGACAGUCCCUGCCCCUGCAGGCUUACAAUCCACAAAACAAAACAAGACCAUGGCACACAAGGAAAGAGGGAGGAGAGGGAGAAGGAAAAUCAAAACCUGGACACCAGUUUCUGAACAGUUGCUGCUGUGAUGGCCAAAUGCUGGCCCAUUUCCGGGGCUGGCGGUGCCUGAGGGAGAGGCAGCCUGAUGCAAUGGCUGCCCCUUGAGGGAAAGGAGGCUUGAUGGAGGUGGUCUGGUAAUCCCUUCAGAUUUUCAGCGAGGGGUGGUGGGUCCUGCUGCCCCCCUCCUCUUCCUCUUCCUCUGCAGCUGCCACUUCCUGGUAUGGCGAGUUCCAGCGGCUGUCUGACACCAUCCCCUGCGUGGAAGUCCAGACGUUGGCGGAGCACGGCGACCAAGUCCUCCACCUCAGCUUCUCCCACAAUGGCUACCUGCUGGCCUCCUGCUCCAAGGACUGUACUGUUAAGGUGACGCAGGGCAGAGGGGAACGAAUCCUAACUAGAACGCAGUGUGCUUCAAGCAGCUGAAGCUUUGCUCCAUAAUCCUCACAGCAACCCUGGAAGGUAGGUUGCUUGUUCUGAUCCCUGCGUCGGUGACGGGGAUUGAGAGCAGAGAGACCCAGCCUGAGAGCGCCGCCUCAGCCCUGAAGAGAGCAGGGUGAUUUGGGCCCAGUCAUCCUUUCUGCUUCACCUACCUUGCAGGGUUCUUGUGGGGAUGGCAUAAGCAGGCGAGGGAGUCUCCUGUGCGCUGCCGAAACCUUCCUGGAGGAAAGGCGGUAUUGCCGUGGGUUGGGCUGGAUGACCCUCAGGGUCCCUUCCAGCACUAGGGUUCUGUGAAAGGGCAGGGGGGGCAUUCUAAGGCAGGACUGUGUGUCCUGUACUUUAAAUACACACAUAACCACUCAGGGUCAUGAAUUUGAGUCCCAUGUUGGGCAGAAGAUUCCUGCAUUCCUGCAACUCUUCCAAUGAUUUCCCAUAGAAACACUAAAUUCUCCAACUCAAGACGAACAUUCAUGGUCUCUUUUAUACAGUCAAACCUCAGUCACCGGACAUAAUCCAUUCCGGAAGACCGUUCGACUUCCAAAACGUCUGACAACCAAGGCGUGGCUUCCCUUGGUUGCAAGAGCUUCUUGCACUCAAACAGAAGCCGCGUUGGACAUUCAAGUUCCGAAAAAUGUUUGAGAACCAGAGCGUUUACUUUUGGGUUUUCGGCAUUCGGGAGCCAAAGCGUUCAAAAACUGAGCCGUUCAAGAACCGAGGUUUGACUGUAUUGCAUUAUUUCUGGAGUGGGUUUUGCUGACCAUGAGAGGGACAAAAAUCUAAACCAGGGUUUCCCAAACUUGGGUCUCCAGCUGUUAUCAUCAUCCCUGACAACUGGCCCUGCUCUUUGGGAUGAUAGGAGUUGUAGUCCAACAGCAGCUAGAGACCCAAGUGAAAUUGUAUAUCAGCGGAAAGCUGCACUGGGACACAGUGGAACAUUUCAGAGGAGAGACAAGCAGAAGAUUGGACCCUCAGCUCCUUAGAGGACAUCGCCCGUCCUCUUCCAAGUGUGUCUCCCCAGCGAUAAGGACUAGUAACUUAGAGCUGCCCUUUUGCUGCCUAGCCGUCUUGAUGGGCCUCCCUUUCCUACUUUCUCUUGGCAGAUCUGGAACAAUGGCCUGCCUCUUUCCCUGCUCCACAGCACCAGCAUGAAGAAGUACAACUGGAAGUACACCCAGUUCUCCCAGUUCAACGCAGACGAUUCCCUCCUCCUUGUCUCUGGGGUCUUCGUGGGGCCCCGGACUACUUCCUCAGGCGAGAUAGCUGUCAUCGAUCUGGGUAAAGAACAAUGUGCUUUGCUGUUCCUCCCUUGUCACCCCACAAAGUUUAAGCACGAGCUUCCGGGAAGUUGCCGUCCUUUAGCAAAGUCUGCUGGUGUCAAGGACUGGCUGGAUGAGGAGGAACAGAGGGAAGUACCUGCCAGAGAACCCCCUAGGGAAGCCACAGAAGGGGGAGGCUCAGAGCUCGGGGAGUGGGGUGGUGGACUGGCCAGAGGGGGAAGGAAUGGUUUGGUGCUGAAGAGGCAACAGGCUUUUGCAAGCAAGAGGAGCCAGGUGCAGAAAGCAGUUCACCCUCUGCAGAGGAAGCAAAGGCAGAGGGAGAGGCGGCAGAAGCUGCACAGGAACUGGCCGCUCUUCCUGUGCUAAGGUCCCCUCCCACUUGACUCCAGGGACAUGGAGGGCGUUGCAAGUAGCAGAACAAAUUAUUAUUAUUAUGUAUGUAUGUAUGUAUUAUUUGUACCCCGCCCAUCUGGCUGGGUUUCCCCAGCCACUCUGUGCGGCUUCCAACAAAGACCAAAAAUACACUAAAAUGUCACACAUUAAAAACUUCCCUGAACAGGGCUGCCUUCUGAUGUCUUCUGAAUGUCAAGUAGUUGUUUAUCUCUUUGACAUCUGAUGGGAGGGCGUUCCACAGGGCGGGCGCCACCACCAAGAAGGCCCUCCGCCUGGUUCCCUGUAGCACAGAUUCCCCCCCACCCCCAGCAUAGUUUUAAGGCUGCUUGCGAAACAUCUAUCUGUGAAGGAAGAGACUUAGAGUGAAGUAGAAAGCAACCGGCAACAGUUUGAUAGGGUCAGUCCUACCUCCUACCUUGUUGUGAGCAUGAAAUGGGGAGGGGGAGAACCACGUGGCCACCUUGAGAUCCUUGGAAGAUAAAAGGCAGUUUUUAAAUGUCAUAAUUUUUUUUUUUAAAUCCGAAAGCCAUAUUAGGUUCUCCGCCUUUUCUCCUUCCAGAAAACUUUGCCCUCCUGUCCCGGGUUCGCAACAAGCCCUACGACGUGUUUGGCUGCUGGCUGACCGAGACCCACCUGAUCUCUGGGAACCUGCACCGUAUGGGGAACUACACCUCCUGCUCUGUGCUGUGGCUGAACAACGCCUUCCAGGUGGGCGAGGGGGGGGGCUGCCCACUAGGGCUGGACGAGAUAUUUGAAAACAGUUUCAAAGUCCAUAUCGUGAUAUCAGUUUCAUAGUUUCUGACCUGGCAAUAUAUAUUGCCAGUCAUGGUCUGUGUGUGUGUCCCCUAUGCAAAAAUCACAAUGUGGGGAAAACUGUGAAGCCAGCCAGUGCCUCUCUGCAGCUCCAUCCUUAUUUCAGGCAUCCUGAUAUAUCAGUAUAUUGAAAUGUUUAGCUGGUGAUGCAUCACGAUGUAGAAAACCAAAUAUUGCCCUGCCAUACUGCCCGGGUGCCGGGGCUGUUGGCUUUUGCAGGGAAAGGGAACCAGCUACCUCACCAUCCCUCUGUAUUCGGAAUCCGAGUGCAUGCUUUGAUAGGCAGCAGAGAAAUGCAAAAAACGAGUGGGGGAAAGGACAUCGUUGAGGGGAUCUGCUUGCUCUGGCAAUAUGAAGUGUGUUUGGGCAGGGAAAACUCAGCCUUGAGCAGGCCUGGUGGAGAGGAGGAACCCAGCUCUGAGAGCACGACUUAAUUUCUAUGUGUGUGUAAAGCUAAAGCGAGGGGCUGCCUGCAUAGAAGCCUGUGUGGUUUACAGGUGUGUUGGGCUCCCCUUUCGUGGUUUCCCCCGUGACCAAGUAAAGCUGCCUUAAACGCCACAGCAGAAGGAGACCCACAGCACCUCCCUCCUCUUGGGCUUGCAGGGCGUCGAGUCUGAGAACAUGAACGUGGUGAAGAGGCUGUUCAAGAUCCAGAACCUGAACGCCAGCAAGAUCCGGAUGGUGACCGUGGCAGACUGCAGCCGCUACGACCCUUCUGACCUCCUCCUGAACCAUGGGGAGCACUUGGAGGGCGGGACCAGGAGCCCCUGCCAAGCCCCCAACCUCUGCAGCGACAGCGAGGAGGAGGAAGAGCAGGCGGAGGAGCAGCAGCAGGCCAAGCAGAAGGCAGCGCCAGAACCGGGCUCCUCGGGGGCAGAGAACCAGGCGGGCGCUGGCAGUGGGCUGGGCCGCUUCCUGACGGACAUCAUGGAGGGGCGAGUCCGGCCGGUCAUGACGGAGCUACAGAUGGAAGCCAGAGUCGCCCAGCUCCUGGCGCAGAACAGGGCGAAGCCCCCGAGCCCAACCUGCUGUCCACGGAGGGAGCACUAA